AUGUCGUAUACUUUCAGUGUCCCAGCUGACGGUGAUACCGGUGGCACAGGUGACAGUCCAAACACUGUAUCACGGGUAUCAUCACCGCACUAUUCCUGGGCAAUAUCAUCACGGGUGCAGUCCGGGCUCAUCGCCAUCCAGAGCGAUAUGGCCCUCGCCGGAGUGCCGGGCGAGUCCGGCAAAGCCGGUCCGGAGUUUGAUGCCAAAAAUGAUGACGUGGAGGCCGCCAGAAGAAACGUCGAGAUGACCAUGGGCCCUGUAGAUCGCGAGCACUUCCAGCCCCAGGACGAUGGACAAACCGCGGAGUUAUCGAUGCCCCGCGGAUUCGAAAUGCCAACCCAAGACGAUAACGAGCGUCCCGCACCCACAGCCUUCAGAGCCAAGGCCAAGAUGCCCGAUACAGGUAACUUCUCGUGUCCGAUUUGCACAGAUGAUUUCGUCAACGGCCAAGACCUACGUGUACUGCCCUGUAACCACCAAUUCCACAUGGAAUGCAUUCAUGACCUGUCCGCAGAUAUAUGCAGUUAG